CAUUCACAAACCCUCCUUGAUAAAAUCUUGACUAGGUCUACUCAGCAGUACUAGUUUGUAGUCUUUAUUGUCCUAAAACACGAACUUUAUCAAUCAACCCGAUCUGAUCUCUGAAAUCCUGUUCUUAUAUUCUUGUAGUCUUUAUUGACCUGAAACACUAACUUUAUCAAUCAACUCGAUCUGACCUCUAAAAUCCUGUUCUAAUAGUCCUUGUUUGUCGUUCCAGGCGUACUACGUAUCAAACUACCAAUGGAGAUAUCAUUGAAGACGAAUAACUAUAAGGUGGAGAUAUUUCCUAUAUUUAUUCAUGAAAAAGGUGGAAAGAACAAACACAUGAAGGGUGGCAACCAACUGAAAAUUAGGGCAAAUAUACAGACGAAGAAAUCCAAUAGUAAUUUCUAUGAAGUGCUUUCUCUGCGUUCAACAAAUGUAGGGUUUGAAGAGAUAAAGAAAGCUUAUAGAUGCAUGGCUCUUCAAUACCAUCCUGAUAUUUGUCAUCAUUCAAAUAAAGAAGAAUCCACAAGACGAUUUAUUGAGCUGAGAAAAGCAUAUGAAACUCUUUCUGAUCCAAUUUCACGUCAAAUUUAUGAUUCUGAGAUGAGUUUAAUGGAUUCUUUUGAAAGUGAAUUGAUGUGGAGAAAAUCUAAGGAAAAUAGGAAGAUAGUUUUCACUAAGGAGGUGUGGGAAAGACAGCUUGACGGGUUGAGAAGACGAUCUUGUAAUAGAAUGGAGAAAAAGAAAAGUAUUUUCAGCUAGAAACUUAGUUGUUAAUUUGUAGUACUAUCUUCGUUUAAUUUAUGCUUGUGGUCAAGAUAUGAUUGUUAUUUGUUAGCUCAUUAUUCUUUUUUUAAUUGCAAGGUCACUAGCUUGCACUACAUGUUAUAAUGUAAGGCCCUAAGUUUUAUGCAUUGAGAAGAUGGACUAUAAAGUACGUAAACUUUUAAGUUUUAUGUACUAAUGGCAAAAAAUA